AUGAAACGCGAAGCCGACUGGGUUGAGAAUGGCCCCGAUGUUCUCCAAGAUUUGUUCGGCAACUAUGUCCCGGCAGACCUGGUAACAGCCGGUGCUUCCUCAGAAGCGAUGGGUAACCUGAUGGACGCUUCUCAAGACAUUGCAUCACGGUUUGAAGGUAUCCGAGACGCGUGGGAAGCGACGCAGUUUACUGGGUAUGGCGAGGCCGUCAGCCUCAUCGCGAAACAUAUUUAUGGACUCGAUGAAUUGACCGGUGAUGCGCUCGCCCUUGCACAAGAUAAAGUAAAAACGAUCCGUACCCCAGGGAAACGCCACCAUAUCUUACACGAUCUCGCGAACCUUGAUCAUAUUCAAACUGACGAUUUCAGCUGGCAAUGCACACCCGAUACCUCCGGUCCUGAUUUCUUUCUCUAUGAUCUUUCGUGGGCAAUAUUCUGUAACGGACAAGUUGAUCCGAGUGCUAUCCACGCCGAAACGGGUGUUGAAGUCAAGGACCUCGCUUCUCUUAAACACGGUAUGGAUGCACUUUUCGCCAAACAUGCCCCGUGUGCUAUCGCCGUAAAAUCGCAACACGCUUACAACCGGACACUCAACUGGAUCAAAAGGAGCGAUGCUGAUGCCUCCGCCGCACUCAAUGCUGUGCUGACACAACCCGCUGCAGACCUUGAUGAAGCGACGCGUCUGUGUCUCGGCGAUUGGUGCUGGGCACGCGGUGUUGAACUCACAAUUGAACACAACCUCCCCUUCAAAAUCCACACCGGUUACUAUGCGGGCAACAACCGGAUGCCGGUGCACCGUAUCCCUGCCGGGAAUAUGUGCGCCUUGUUCUCGGAGUAUCUUGACGCGAAGUUUGUGCUGAUGCACAUCGCUUACCCUUACAACGAUGAACUGGUCGCGCUUGCGAAACAUUACCGCAACAUCUGGGUUGACUUCUGCUGGGCAUGGAGUAUUGAUCCGUAUAGUUCGCGCGACUUUCUUCGCCGGUGCAUUCACGCUGUCCCGUCAAAUAAAUUGUUCGCUUUCGGCGGUGAUACGGGUUGGCCCACGAGUGCGAUGGCGUAUGCGAUUCAAGCACGGAACGAAAUUCGACGUGCCCUUGAAGCCGAAAUCUCGGACGGUUAUCUCACCGAAAAACAGGCGAUGGCACUUGCGACUCGGAUUAUGAACACGAACCAGUACGACUGCUUUGAUGUCCACGGCACCCGCGCGAAUAUAGCGAAAGCAGCGUGA